UGAUCUGUUUCGAUUACUCGAGGCAGAUGGGGUAUGUUGAGGGUGGCCAGAAUUAUAUGUAUUCUUCGGAUGCCUCGCAAUUGCAGUAUCAAUCCGGGACUAUAACUGUGUUCAUCAAUGGAAUCCCUUCAGAGGUUCCAAGAGGGCCAUUUGAUAUGAGAGCAAUGUUUGGGCAAGAUGUGGUUCUUGUUCAUUCCUCUGGAGAGCUUCUUCCUGCCAAUCAGUAUGGAUUCCUAUUGCAGAGCUUGCAAAUGGGUGAAAGCUAUUUCUUGGUUUCAAGGCCAACGUAGUAGGAGCACAAUGGCAUUGUUAAAGAAUUUGAUGAUGAUGAUAUUCGACGAUUAUAUAGCGAACAACUAAAGAUGGCGAUGUUCGGACCUUUUGAAAGCUGUCUUGCAUUAUAUCCAUGUCACAAAAUCGACAUGCCUGCUUCUCAAGAUUUCGGUCCAUAUUACAUGUCGCAUGUUCGUUCAUGAUAAAAUCAGAUAUGAUGUAGUUUUGCAGUGGUUUAUUCAUAAGUUUGAGCUUGU